AUGCCGACACGGCCGGCGGGAGGCCGGUGGGUGCUCGGGGCCGUGGCCCCCUCCUCGUCGAUUUUGUGGAUGCUUCCCUCGUGCCAGGUGAGCGUGCAUCUGAGGAACCCUGUGCGUUUCUGGCGAGAAGCCAAAACUAAGACCGACGAGAUGAAUGAGCCUGUGUCCUUGUGGCAUGUGCAGGAUCACAGAGCUGGAGACAACUCUGAUAUCACCAGGGAGUGGAGAGCGGUGGUGGUGGUUCAGGGAGAUCCCCAUGCCAAAGCAGAGCAAACGUCCAACAGCAGCUCCAUCAGGCACUUCCUCCUGCUGGCAUUGGCAGACACGCGGCAGCUGCAGCUCCUGCACUUCUGCCUCUUGCUGGGCAUCUCCCUGGCUGCCCUCCUGGGCAACGGCCUCAUCAUCAGCGCCGUAGCCUGCAGCCACCACCUGCACACGCCCAUGUUCUUCUUCCUGCUCAACCUGGCCCUCAGCGACCUGGGCUCCAUCUGCACCACUGUCCCCAAAGCCAUGCAUAAUUCCCUCUGGGACACCAGGAAAAUCUCCUACACAGGAUGUGCUACACAGGUCUUUUUUUUUGUUUUCUGUGCAGCAACAGAUUUUUAUCUCCUGACCAUCAUGUGCUACGACCACUACGUUUCCAUCUGCAAACCCCUGCACUACGGUACCCUCCUGGGCAGCAGAACUUGUGCCAACAUGGCAGCAGCUGCCUGGGCCAGUGGCUUUCUCAAUGCUUUCCUGCACACGGCCAACACAUUUUCCCUGCCCCUGUGCCAUGGCAAUGUGCUGGACCAGUUCUUCUGUGAAAUCCCACGGAUCCUCAAGCUCACCUGUUCAAACUCAAUUCUCAGGGAAUUUGGGCUACUUGUUUUAUCCAUCUGUUUAGCAUUGGGCUGUUUUCUGUUCAUUGUUUUCUCCUGUGUGCAGAUUUUCAGGGCUGUGCUGAGGAUCCCCUCUGAGCAGGGACGGCACAAAGCCUUUUCCACCUGCCUCCCUCACCUGGCUGUGGUCUCCCUAUUCGUCAGCACUGCAGCAAUUGCUCACUUGAAGCUCCCCUCCAUGUCCUCCCCAUCCCUGGAUCUGGCACUGUCAGUUCUGUACUCGGUGGUGCCUCCAGCCCUGAACAUCCUCAUCUACAGCCUGAGGAACCAGGAGCUCAAGACUGCAGUCUGGAGAAUGAUGACUGGUUACUUUCAGAAACAUUAA